AUGAACACGAUUCAUUCCAUUACUGAUGGUGAGGGCCGGGUUCUGAGGAAUCCUAAGGAGACUCAAGGUCUUGUCGGUGUGGACUUUUGUUUGGAAAAUAUGGAGUCUCAUGUUACACCAGACAUGAAUGCUAGGCUUAUUCAACCUUUUCAUGAGGAGGAGGUCCAGUUGGCACUUUUUCAGAUGCACCCUUUGAAAUCUCUAGGACCGGAUGGAUAUUCUGUGGGUUUUUAUCAACAGUCGUGGGAUAUCAUUGGUUCCGAUGGUUCCUCUCCCACUCACGUUUCGGAUUACUGGCCCAUAAGUCUAUGUAAUGUGCUCUACAAAGUCAUAGUCAAGGUGCUUGCAAACCGGCUAAAACAUGUGCUACCUUCUAUUAUCUCCCCGGAGCAAAGCGCUUUUAUCCCGAGUCGUCUUAUAAUGGAUAAUGUUUUGGUAGCUUUCGAAACAUUUCAUACUAUGGAUUCACGGUUGAAGGAAAAGGAGGGCUUUAUGGCUUUGAAGUUGGAUAUGAGCAAGGCGUAUGAUCGUCUUGAAUGGGAUUUUUUGGAGGCCACGAUGAGGAAGCUUGGAUUUGCUAGUAGAUGGAUUCAUCUUCUAAUGUCAUGUGUUCGUACCGUUUCUUAUUCGGUACUUAUCAAUGGCCAACCUCACGAGUUCAUUGUGCCUACUCGCUGUAUCCGACAAGCAAAUGUCUUACAACCGGACACAAAGGUGUGUGAAUUAAUAAGUGUGGAGUCAAAAUGGUGGAACAUACCUCUAUUGGAACGUGUCUUCCCUGCGGAUUUAGUGGAGACCAUUUGCAACAUUCCCAUUUGCCCCUAUUUGAUUUAUGAUCGGCUGGUUUGGGCAAGCACCAAAACAGGACUCUUUUCCAUUCAUAGUGCCUACCAUCUUGAAUGUGAGAGGAGGACAAGAAUUCAGGGGAGUUGUUCUAAUGCACCAACUAUUAACCCAAUUUGGCAUUUCAUUUGGAGCUUAAGUAUCCCACGGUCGAUACAAUUGUUCAUUCGACAUGCUUGUAACGAGAUUCUACCAACCAAAGAGAAGCUUUGUCAUCGGCGAGUAGUGGAAGAUCCCAUUUAUCCAAUGUGUGGUAAGGAGGUAGAGUCGAGUUUUCAUGCACUUUGGAGGUGUCCAGCUGCUCAAACGCUCUGGGCUGAAUGUCCCACCCGUAUAAGUAAGUGCUCAUCCUCUAGUAAUGAUGUAUUAUCUUUGAUGGAUGCUCUGUUUCAACGGUUGGAUAGGGAGGAGAUGGAGUUGGUUGUAAUGGUUGCACAGAGGGUCUGGUAUCGCCAGAACAAGUUUGUGUUUGAGGGUUUGUUGACUCCUCCAACGUGUUCGAUAAAAUGUGCCAAAGAGUCUUUGGAUGAGUACCAUAAAACGACGAGCAGGAAUUCCAUCUCUCUUUCUAGGCCUCGGGUUCCAAGAUUAACACGAUGGUCCAAGCCUCCUGUGGGUUUUGUUAAACUGAAUUGGGAUGCAGCAGUUGAUCGUUCGAAGAAGAUGGUAGGGUUGGGGAUUAUUGCCUGUGAUUCUAGCGGAACUGUGGUAGCUUCAAUGUGUUCUUUUCACCCGUAUGUAUCUGAUUCCACUGUGGCAGAGGCCAUGGGUGCUCGUCAGGGAGUUGAGUUCAGAAGGUUCCUGGGUCUCCAAUCAGUGAUGUUAGAAUGGGAUUCUCUGGAGGUGGUUCUUGCUCUUCAGCAUGAAGACGUGGUUGACGGGUAUUACAGCAAUUUGGUUUUGGAGACCAAAGCUAUUCUUCAAGAUUUUAUGUCGGCUAUUGUUCAUCACGUGGGUCGCAUGGGAAAUCAAGCUGCCCAUUCUCUUGCACGACAUGCUGUCUCUAAUGCUUUAAACCAUGUUUGGUUUUCAUCUGUUCCUUUAUAUCUUUCAAGUAUUGGACGCAGACAGUACUGCUCUCGUCCAUCCAAUUCAAAAAAUAUAAUGCUUCCGUCUACCUUAUUAUUCGUCCUCAUAUAUUUCGACUCCAACUUUCUUGGAGUAGAGUCGGCCACUCCAAGUAUUGUUACAGACAAGGAAGCCUUAAUCUCAUUCAGGUCUACCAUAAGUCUGGAGCCUCCCAACCCUCUGUCUUCUUGGGACCAAAACUCAUCAUCUCCCUGCAAUUGGACUGGAGUUUUCUGUAACAAGCCUGGCGGGAGAGUGGUUGACCUUCAUCUUUCAGGUUUCGGACUUAAAGGGUCCAUCACCCCUCAUAUUGGCAAUCUCUCCUUCCUCCAUUCCCUUCAACUCCAAAAUAACCAAUUUACAGGAAAGCUUCCCGAUGAAAUUGGCAAUCUUUUCCGUUUGAGAGUUCUGAACAUGAGCUUCAACAGCAUAUCAGGUGUGCUGCCCUCAAAUAUAAGCCAAUUGACCCAACUCCAGACCCUUGACUUGAUGGGAAACAAGAUUACAGGAAGAGUUCCAGAAGAGCUUAGCUACUUGACGAAUCUCCGAGUCUUGAAGUUGGGAGGCAACCAUCUAUGUGGUGCAAUUCCAGCAGCCUUGGGAAACAUUUCGUCACUCACAGAAAUCAAUUUAGGCACCAACGCUCUUAGAGGCAUGAUACCCAGUGGCUUAGGCCGCCUUCAAAAUCUGAAGCUGCUUGAUCUCAGCGUCAACUAUUUGUCUGGCACCAUUCCUCCAUCAAUAUACACCAUAUCCUCCCUGGUUUCUUUGAGCUUAGCUUCAAACCAACUUUCGGGUGAAAUUCCUGGAGAUAUUGGGAUUAAACUCCCAAAUCUUUUAGAUUUGAGAUGCUGCCUUAAUAAAUUCACAGGAAAAAUUCCAUGGUCUUUGCACAAUCUCACCAAUAUAGAAAUCAUCCGCUUAGGAUACAAUCUUCUAGAAGGAACAGUACCGCCAGGCCUGGAAAAUCUCCCGUUUCUUAAAAUGUAUAUUAUUAGUUAUAAUAGGAUUGUUAGCUCGGGUGUGGGUGGUCUCAGUUUCCUUACUUCUUUGCAAAAUAGCACUCUCCUCAACUUCCUUUCCAUCGAAGGCAAUCUUUUGGAGGGUGUGAUUCCAAAAUCAAUAGGCAAUCUUUCUAAGGUUCUCUCAAAGUUAAUCAUGGGAGGGAACCGUAUUUAUGGUAACAUACCCGCCUCCAUUGGUCAUCUUACUGGCCUGGCUUUGCUAAAUUUGAGCGGCAAUUUGAUUUCAGGUGAAAUCCCACCUGAAAUAGGCCGGUUGGAGGAAUUGCAGAUGUUGGGCUUGGCCAAAAAUCAGAUCUCUGGCAGUAUUCCAAAUUCCCUUGGUAAUCUUCAAAAGUUAAACCAUAUAGAUCUAUCAGGAAACAGUUUGGUAGGUAAAAUACCCUCAACUUUUGGAAACUUCAAGAGUCUUCUUUUCAUGGACUUAUCCAACAAUAGGUUCAAUGGAAGCAUGCCCAAAGAAAUUCUAAGUCUCGGUAGUUUGAGCAUUGUUUUGAAUUUGUCUAAGAACUUUCUGAGUGGACCUCUACCUCCAGAAAUUGCUCUCCUACAAAGUGUUGUUACCAUUGACCUCUCUGACAACCAUUUGUCUGGUAAUAUUCCCAGCUCAAUCAGAAACUGUAAGAGCUUGGAGAAAUUAUUCAUGGCCAGGAACAUACUUUCAGGUCCUAUUCCGAAUACUCUAGGAGAAUUGAAAGGCCUGGACUCUCUCGAUCUCUCCUCCAACCAAUUUUCUGACUCUAUUCCUACCGAACUCCAAAACCUUCUGGUGCUUCAGCUCUUGAACCUAUCUUUCAAUAAUUUGGAAGGGGUAGUUCCAAACGGCGGAGUUUUUGGAAAUCCCUCUGAAGUUCAUUUGGAAGGCAACCCAAAGCUUUGCUUGCAUUUGGCAUGUGUCAAUUCUCAAGGUGGUGGAAGAAAGGUAGAGAAAAUUUUAGUUAUUACAAGUAUUCUUCUAACAUUAGUCCUAUGCGUCAUACUUGGCUCGGUGUUGUACAUAAAGAAAAGUAAAUCAAAGAUUACAAAAUCUUCUGAACUGCUGCAAGGACAACAUCAAAUGAUCUCGUACAGUGACCUGCGUAGGGCAACUGGAAACUUCAACCAAGAAAGCUUUCUUGGGAAAGGUGGUUUUGGGUCAGUGUAUAAAGGCUAUAUAAGGCAAGGAAUUCCCGUGGCAGUCAAGGUCCUUGAUCACACUGAGAGGACAAGCUCUUGGAAGAGUUUCUUGGCAGAGUGCGAGGCUAUGAGGCAUGUUAGGCAUCGGAAUCUUGUUCGAUUGAUUACAUCAUGCUCUAGCAUAGACUUCAAGAACAUGGAAUUUAUGGCUUUGGUCUAUGAAUUUCUAAGUAACGGCAGCUUAGAAGACUGGGUUAGGGGCAAGAAGAAGCACGCAAAUGGGGAAGCCUUGAAUGUUGUGGAGAGAUUGAAUGUGGCCAUCGACAUUGCUUGUGCAUUGGACUACUUGCACCAUGACUGCAAAGUUCUAGUGGUGCAUUGUGAUUUGAAGCCCAGCAACAUUCUUUUGGGUGAAGACAUGACUGCAAAAGUAGGAGAUUUUGGCCUGUCCCAGUUGCUGAUGGAAAGAACAGGCAAUCAACCUUGUAUCACCUCUACAUAUGCUCUAAAGGGAUCCAUCGGUUACAUUCCCCCAGAGUAUGGUUUGGGACAGAAACCAUCAACGGCUGGAGAUGUAUACAGCUUCGGGAUAAUGCUGCUUGAGCUCUUGACUGGGAAGAACCCAACGCAUGAGAGCUUCACUGAAGGCCUAAACCUAACCAAAUGGGUGAAGUCAGCUUUCCCCGCCAACGUGGUGCAAGUACUCGACCCUGAGCUGCUACUGCUUAUGAGCAACCUUUACCAUAAUGGCGAACCCAUAAGCCCUGAGAUUCAAUAUGGUUGCCUGAUCACAAUCCUUUGGGUCGGGUUAUCUUGCACCGCGGAAUCUCGCGAUGGCCGCAUUUGUAUUAGAAGUGCUCUACACGAACUGAAAUCUGCAAGAGAGACCCUUCUUAAAUCAGCUCCUAUUGAUUUGUUCGAAAAGGUUCAGGUUGAUUAGCAUCUGAGCAAU